CAGGAUUUCGGAUACAAGAAGUUCGGAUCGUUUGUUCCAGCGGUCUCUUAACGCGGGAAAACGGUAGAUGACAGCUCCAAGUGGUAAACUUACCUGGUGAAUCACCCGUUCUCUGAGGACAACGGAAUGUCGUCGCAAGUCAAUUCUACAGAAGGCUCCAAGAUGCAGAACGCGGUGGUGGUGCGGGGAGCCUGCAAGCAAUACGGUCGCGGCUCUCAGAGCCAUCUGGUGUUGGACAACCUCAACAUGACUGUAGCCGUCGGAUCCAUCUACGGCCUGCUGGGCGCCAGCGGCUGCGGCAAGACGACGCUGCUGAGCUGCAUCGUGGGCCGGCGGACCUUCAACUCCGGCGUGCUGCGGGUCCUCGGUUCAACGCCCGGGAGCGCCGGCAGCGGCGUGCCGGGUCCGCGUGUCGGAUACAUGCCACAGGAGAUAGCGCUGCCAGGCGAGCUGACGGUGGAUGAGGUGCUGUGGUACUUCGGGUGGAUCUUCUGCAUGGAGAACGACGCCAUCACUGAGCGGGCAGUCUUCCUGUCGCGGCUGCUGGAGCUGCCUCCAGGGGACCGACUCGUCAAAAACCUCAGCGGCGGGCAGCAACGGCGAGUGUCGUUCGCGGCGGCGCUGGUGCACAACCCAGAGCUGCUCAUCCUGGACGAGCCCACAGUCGGCCUGGACCCCCUGCUCCGGCAGAGUAUUUGGGAUCACCUGGUGGAGAUAACAGCCGCCAAGAAAGUGACCAUAAUUAUAACAACCCACUACAUCGAUGAGGCACGCCAGGCUCACAGAAUAGGGCUGAUGCGGCAGGGCCGGCUGCUGGCAGAGGCGCCACCCGACACGCUGCUCACGCGCCAUGGCUGCUCCACACUGGAGGACGUCUUCCUGCUGCUCAGCAUGCAGCAGGAGACCUCACGGGAAGUCCGGCAACUGGAAAAUGAUGUAAAUGACACAACCAGCAUCGACAACUAUAAUAUCGAUGGCUCCAAGGAAACAUUGGCAUUAGGCAGUACAACUGAGCUUGUACAAGAACCAGUCAAGAAGAAGGAGCCUCCUACUAAGGCAUUGCGUUCAUCAAUUUUGAGAAUGAAGGCUCUCAUAUAUAAGAAUCUUUUACUUGUUCUUAGAAAUCCUGGGUGGGUGCUGUUUAUUGUGGUAUUUCCAGUCUUGCAGAUUUCACUCUUCUUCUUAGCUGUGGGAAGAGAUCCAAAAGGUUUAACAGUGGUUGUAGUGAAUGAGGAACUUGGUAAUUUAACGAGCUGUGAAAAAAUGGAACCUUGGACAGCUCAUAUGAAUGAUGAUUAUAUUUGUGAAUUAUCUCAUAUCAGCUGUCUGUUUGUACAGAGAAUUGACAACACUCUUGCAACAAAAAAAUAUUACCGGGACCUUGACAGUGCUUUGCAGCUAGUGAGAGAUGGGUCAGCUAUUGCAGUGUUAUAUUUUUCCCCAACUUUCAGCAAAGACUUGGAAACAAGGCAGUAUGUGGGAAGAUCAGCAUCAGAUGAGAUUCUCAACAGCAGUUCAGUGGCUGUCUACAUGGACAUGUCUGAUCGGAUAAAAGGUGUUCACUUUCAAGGAGAGCUCUAUUCUGUUUAUCAAGAAGUUGCCAAAGAUAUUGCUGGUAGAUGUGAAAUCAGUUACAGACAUGUCACGCUGCCCAUGCAUUUCAACAAGCCUGUACAUGGUUCCAAAGAUCUAACAUAUGCAGGAUUUCUUGCUCCUGGGAUUAUGUACUCGAUGAUUUAUUUCCUUGCUACAAUUCUGACGUGCACUGUCCUCAUCGCAGAACAGAUAGAAGGAGUCUGGGAUCGAAACCUGGUGUCAGGUGUGACAAUGUUGGAGGUACUGCUGUGUCAUCUGCUGUGCUACUCUUUCUGGAUGGCUCUUCAGUUGUUUGAGGUUCUGCUCAUGACAUUCCUAGUGUUUGAUCUCAAUUGUGAUGGAGACUAUGCAACAGUGUCAGCUCUGGCAUUCCUCCAAGGUCUCAGUGGAAUAUGUUAUGGUUUGGUGAUAACAGUUGUCUGCUCAGACCUCACAAUGGCAAACUAUGUGUCUAUGGGAAGCUAUUUCCCCUAUCUGAACCUCAGUGGAGUGCUAUGGCCCAAGGAAGCAAUGCCGACUGCUUUGCGCUGGUUUAGCAUGUGCCUGCCUGGUACACUCCCCACAGAGUCUGCACGCUAUGUUCUGGAGCGAGGCUGGAGCUUUACCCAUCCUGCAGUUCUCUCUGGUUUCCUCAUCACCAUUGCAUGGAUCUUUGGCCAAUGUGCUUUCUGUGUUGGAUUCAUGACGAUGAAGAGGAAGCUGUAUUUGCAGUGAAGUUCUCUCAGUGCCACCAGUUUAUGAUCUGAAUCAGCAGUACUUUCACAGUACUCUUCAUCCGGGUCUUAUGGUUGUGCUCCUCUCCACAACACCCACUUAAACUGGAGUGGGACUUUGCCAGGCUCUGAGCACUGCACUGCUCUGUACCCUCUGAAGUGUAACAUAACUGGUGUGAUUGCUACUUUUGAUUCAUCAGGUUUUUAUGACAGAUGUGUAACACUUAAAGCAGUCUGACUCAUAGAUGUUGCACUUUCUGGUGGAUUCAAUUAUGUAUACACAUGUUAUAAAAGACACUAGAACCAUCAGUCUUGACACUUGUGCAGUUACUUCAAGAGGUUCAGACCAGCACUGAAUGUCCAGUGAAGCACUUACUGUGAUACUCUUUACUUUUUUCGUGAAUGGAAGAACAGGUACCCGUGCCAGGUGCCAGUUUGUCUGCGAUUUUUGUAUAGAAACAUGUGAAAAACUUUAUUGUUCAAAAUAUUGUUAGAUAUGAAACUCACAAUGCCAGUAUUAUGUAAGCCAUGUGCUAUGAUUUAAUGAAAGAAGUUUAUAUUACACAUUUUUUGCCACAGCAAAGCAGAAACUAUUGCAGUGUGACAUCAAGCUUUCCCUCUACUGCAGAUACAUACUGUCUAAUAGAUAAAAACUGUGUACCAAAGUGGGACUCAAACAGGACCCUUGACUCUUGUGACUGACAGUUCUGAAAAAGCUGCUACAGUGUGUUUGAGCUCCAUCCACCAAAUGGUAUUAAGCUGCCAGAAAUUUUAUUGGAGUGCAUUGUAUUGUGCUAAGUGUAUUUUUAGUGACACAUUAUUUGUUAUGUGUAUGCAACAUGCACAAAAUUUGUUCACUACCAUUGUAAUCCUGCAUCCAUAUGGUGCUACAUGUCCAUGAAAUACAUUGUCCAUUCUGUAUCACAAAAUGAUGCUUUAAUCUGCCAAAAGAAUCUGUGGUCCCGUUACAGCAAGUGUUAAGUUAAAAUUGCUGCACAGUGCAUUAGCAUAACUUUUGUCACAAUAUAUUUGCAAAUGUCGCAGGCGACGUGUGUCUUUUCUGUGUGGCUGUUUGUAUGUGUUGGCUGUGUGAUUUUUGUGUUCUUGUAUUUUCAAUAUCAUAUGUUUAAAUUUUUUUGUUCAGUCAAAAGACUUUAUUUAUGCCUAGAACAUGUGCUUGCUGUUAUAUUUCACUUCUUUACAAGCUUGCUGAACAUAGACAGAUGGUUACAUUAACAGAAAUGUGAAUUAAAUAUUUUCUUUGUGUAUUCAAAAGAUGGGAAGUUACUGCCAGAGUGAAAACCAGGACUGCAUUCUUUUUUUUAUGAUGCAUUUUGCAUCUUACAUUUUUCAAGUUUUUGAAGGCAUCUUACUUUACACAAGAAAUGUCAACUGAUACAGCAGUUUUUCACCAUUUGAAUUUAUGUUUAUAAAGUUUCAGGCUUUGGAGAAAAUAAUCUAUGAUUGACAAAAUUAAAUUACCCUCUUUGCACUGUCAGCAUAUUUGAAAAUUAAAAUUCUACAGAAAUGCAAGCUUUAUUGGUGCUCUGAUGUGAUGAAGUAUUCUCAGACUGUCACUGCCAUUUAAAGUACUACCUGUGGUACCAAUAUGAGCAGUAAGUUGAAAAAUCUUCAUCAGAUCAAAUUUUAAGUUAUUCAGAACUUGUUUUAACAAAUUACAGAUUUGUAAACAGUAGAUGAAGUUAAGAUGUAACACAUGUUUAAUAUAUCAGAUGAGUGUCUUA